AUGCUUACCCGCCUCUGCUUUCGCCCAUCCAUCAGGAACGUCACCUUGGCCCACUCAACCGAAGGUCCUGUCUAUGUUGCCUCGCCCUUUGCCCAACCCGGCCAGGAGCACUACAUCCUCACCGUUCCCUCCGGUGCCAUCGGAACAAUCCCGUCGCCCACCGGCACUUCGUUCGGCUCGCCGGUCUCGUUCUACAGCAGCCACUCGCCCUCCGUCUCGCCCUCGUCACCCUUCUACGACGGCUCCUUCGAGCACCGGCUCGUAAACUUCCAGGACUCGUUCGCACACGACCACCACAACGGCUCCGUGUCCGACGCCACCCACGAUGACCACCUGCACAGCAUCAACCUUGGCCACGGCUUCGACUCGUCAAUACCGAUAGACGACCCCAGCCUGGCGACCUUCCCUUACUCGUCCCCCGACCAAAAAGGCUACCUGAUCGCCCAGGACUACUGCUCCACGCCGGAUCUGAGAUUCCGCCCGAGCCAGCGCUCAUCGUCCCGCCGCGAAGACUAUGGUCCCUACCCUGGCCUCCAGGGCCGCACCCGGAGCAUCUCGCCCAACCAGCGGCUCUCUCCCUCCCAGCUCUCCUCGCGCAACACUUCGCCGGCGCGCUCCGAGUCGUCGCUGCGGGCCGCGACGAUGAUAAGCGAGAACAUGCCGUCGCUCGACUCUCUCGGCGUCCAGGACGGCCUUGGUGCCUCUGCCGACCAGCUGUUCUCGGCCGAGUCGAUGCCGCCACCGAUCCCGAUCAAGAUGACGGACGAGCUGCUCAGCACCCUCUCGGACAGCAUAUCCUCCAAAGCCACCCACAAGACGGUCAUGUACCAGUGCCCCUUCCCCGGCUGCGACAAGCUCUACACCCGCCCGUACAAUCUCAAGUCACAUUACCGUAGCCACACAGGCGAGCGGCCGUACGGCUGCGAGUACUGCAAAUCGUCCUUUGCCCGGAAAAACGACCUCAAGCGCCACGUCAAGCUGCAUCAAGGGAUAAAGCCGCAUACAUGUCCAAUAUGUGGCAAAUCCUUUGCCCGCCGCGACGCCCUCGGACGGCACGUCAAGUCGCCAGAAAACGGCGGAGAAAACAACUGCGAGGCACAGUUGAAGAUCCUGGCCGACGGAGGCGACGAAAGGGCAAAGAAGAUUCUAGGGAUCAUCCUGGACGAGUCCAUACUCAGCGUGUCGCCAGCCUGA